UCCAAUUCUCCAUUUACACCGACAUCAAUCUUCUGGAUCAAUAUACAAUUUAGAGACACAAUUCGGGUCCGAAACAAUGGAAGAACUUUUUGAAAGCUAAUGCAGAAAGCGGUGAAGAUCGAAGAAUUAAAAUCACACUUCCGUUGAAGCGAGGCGACGAGCGUUCCAUUAGGGUUUCGAAUCGACUUCAAACAAACGAGUUGAAAAACAUGUACGGAGGCGAGUUUGACGGCAACGCCGCUUUUGCCGGCGGCGGUUUCAUGCCUUCUCAGUCGACUACGCAAGGGAAUGACUCCUCUUCGUCCCUCAAGAACCGUGAUGUACGUACCUUGCUUCCCCUGACACUGAAGCAAUUGAGUAGCGCAACAACCAAUGGUGAAUCAAAUUUCUCUGUAGAUGGUGUUGAUAUUAACACUGUUGCAAUCGUUGGACGAAUUUCUAGAAUGGAGAACAGAAUCACUCAGGUCGAUUUUGUUGUUGAUGACGGUACCGGCUGGGUUGAUUGUGUCAGAUGGUGUCAGGAACGUCAAGAAACUGAAGAAAUGGAAGCAGUCAGGCUGGGGAUGUAUGUUCGCUUACAUGGACACGUGAAAAGUUUUCAAGGGAAGCGAUCUGUGAAUGUUUUCUCAAUCAGGCCUGUCACUGACUUUAAUGAAAUUGUACACCACUUUACCGAGUGUAUGUAUGUCCACAUGUACAACACCAAGGUACAGGGUGGUUCUGUUGCUCAAGGUGGCUCUACUACUCAGGCUACUGCUACUCCUAGGCCCCAAAUGCCAUAUUCAACAAUGCCAACCUCUGCAAAGCCAUACCAAACCGGUCCAUCUAAUCAGUUCUCGAACCAAAUCAAUGAUCCAAUGCAUGGUGUAAAGCAGACGGUCAUGAAUUACCUAAAUCAACCUAUGCACCUUGUAUCUGAAGCUGGAGUUCAUUGUGAUAUAAUUGCGCGUGACCUCAGGAUUCCGCCGCUUCAAGUCAGGCAAGCGAUAGAACAGCUCUCCAGCGAUGGCUGCGUUUACUCGACUGUGGACGAUACAUGUUUCAAAUCAACCUUAAACGCGUGAUGAAAAUCGUUUUAUGUCGUCGUCUCAUAUCAAUCGUCCUCGCAAGUUCAAAAGCCCCUUGUAUAGGCCCUUAGGUAGGACAAUAUUGAGCUUCAAGACUCCCUUAUCCGAUCAAAAUUUUGGGCUGGGCCUUUGAUUUUUAGUAGUCGUACCAGAAUCUUUUUUUUUUUUUUUUUUUUUUNUUUUUUUAUAAUGAAUCUAAGCACUGUAGUGUACACCUCAUACAUCUUUUAAUGAAAGAUUAAUUACUUAAUUA